GCCGGCCUAGGUGGAUCCAUCCCGUCGCUGCGCCUGGCCAUGGCCGACCCCAAGUACGCCGACCUGCCCGGCAUUGCCAGGAAUGAACCGGAUGUUUAUGAAACAAGCGAUCUCCCCGAAGAUGAUCAAGCGGAGUUUGAUGCGGAAGAGCUAACCAGCACCAGCGUGGAACAUAUCAUCGUCAACCCCAAUGCAGCCUACGAUAAAUUUAAGGACAAGCGAGUGGGCACCAAAGAGCUAGACUUCUCAGAUCGUAUUGGCAAGUCCAAGAGGACCGGUUACGAGUCUGGAGACUAUGAAAUUUUAGGGGAAGGACUUGGCGUGAAAGAAACUCCUCAGCAGAAGUACCAGCGCCUGCUGCAUGAAGUUCAAGAGCUGACUACGGAAGUGGAGAAGAUCAAGAGCACUGUGAAGGAGUCGACGGCGGAGGAGAAGCUGACCCCCGUUUCCCUGGCGAAGCAGGUGGCUAGCCUGAAACAGCAGCUGGUCUCCACUCACCUGGAGAAGCUCCUGGGGCCGGACGCCGCCAUCAACUUGACGGAUCCUGAUGGCGCUCUGGCCAAGCGUUUGCUCAUUCAGCUGGAGGCAGCCAAGAGCGCCAAAGCCGCCCCUGCAGGAGGGAAGAGCCUGGCCAAAGCCCCAGCUGUCACAGGCAACACGGUGACGUACGAGCUGCAUUCCCGUCCGGAGCAGGACAAAUUCUCUCAGGCUGCUAAGAUUGCAGAACUGGAGAAGCGCUUGGCUGAGCUGGAAGCCACCAUUCGUUGCGAACAGGAUCCCCAGAAUCCUCUGACUGUCGGACUGCAGGGAGCCAGUCUUAUGGAAACAGUGGAGAUUUUGCAGGUGAAAGUCAGCGCCUUAGACAUGGCAUCCCUGGACCAGGUGGAGGCAAGGCUACAGAGUGUCUUGGGGAAAGUGAAUGAGAUCGCCAAGCACAAGGGAGCGGUGGAGGACGCAGACACCCAAAGCAAGGUGCAUCAGCUCUAUGAGAUUGUCCAGCGCUGGAGCCCUCUGGCCAGCUCCCUGCCCGAGGUGGUGCAGCGCAUGGUGACCGUGAGGCAGUUGCAUGAGCAAGCCAUGCAGUUUGGGCAGCUCCUGACUCAUUUGGACACUACCCAACAGAUGAUUGCUAAUUCCUUGAAGGAUAACGUCACCCUGCUGACCCAGGUUCAGAAGACCAUGAAGGAGAACCUCGCUGCCGUUGAGGACAACUUUGUCAGCAUGGACGCACGGGUGCAGAAGCUCGCUAAAUGAACCCCCC